AGAGGGCGGUAGUGUCGCUCGCUUUCCAGUUUGGCGGGAAUGAAUAAUUCGAACUCUUGAAUUUUUUUUUUAAUAAAAUAUUCAAUUUUUUUUGAUAUAUAUCACAGAUAAUUAAAAACGUGUGAUGACUUUUAGAUAUUUCUUUAAUAAACGUGGUGUUAUUAUAACUUCGGUUACCUAUUAAAUAUUUAUGAGGAUUUGCGGAACUCAUCUAAAAUGAACAUCGUCUGGAUUAUCGUGAUAACAUCUUUGUGGCAUUCGGUUGUUGCUACAACUAUAAACUUCAUUGAGUCGAAGAAACACGAAGACCACAAUCUUCUCUUCAAACAAUAUUACAGGGAGCCCGCAUCCUUCCCCGAGGCCGGGAUUAGUGAUAAGAUCCCGGUUGACAAGCGGGAUUAUGGUACACAGUUUCAAAGUUUAGAAUCAACGCAAAAUGUAAGAAAGUCUAGGUCAAACGAUCACAAGAAAACUAAAAGAAAAUAUGAAAUUGAGCAGCCUUUGCAGACCGUGACAAUUGGUACAAGAUUUAAAAGGGAUCUAAGUUCAGGGAACGUUAUGAUCACGCAGCAUUUCAACGAUAAAGUUUUAUCGCCGGGUGAAGACAUUAGUCUUCAAUGUACAGCGAGUUCGGAUCGGCCACCGCGGUUCAUUUGGGAGAGGGAUGGUGUAGUCAUCACGUCAAAUACUGACUCUAGGUAUAUUUUAGGACAAAUGAUGUCACCGACGGGGAUCGGCGUAAUAUCACAAUUAAACAUAUCCAGGUCAAGAGUUGAAGACGGUGGACUCUACGCGUGUGUGGCACUCGAAGGGGAAUCCACGGCUAAACACGCUGCUAGAAUAGACGUCUAUGGUCCACCGUACAUAAGAACUUUGCCACCGAUAAAAGUUCAAAGUGGUGAUUCUUUAAAGCUUAAAUGCCCUUACUAUGGAUUUCCUAUCAGUAAACUAGAAUGGGAGCACAGAGGAAAGAAACUUAUAAGCUCAUUAUUACCGCAACACACGAGGUAUAAGCGAACCAAUAUAAGUAGUAAAAAUCGUAAAGGCGCAAGAAAGAGACGAAGAAAAAGGCAAGUCUUGGAAACUACGGAAGACGGAGUUCUUACAAUAGAAAGAGUUUCAAAAGAAGAAAAUGGAGAAAUGUACACAUGUAUAGUAUUUAGUCCGUCAGGAGAAAUGGCUAGAAGAUCUUUUGAAAUACAAGUUGUAGAAGCGCCAGAAUUGGACGAACUACGAGUAGGUUCGGGACUGAAGGAAGGACAGAUUGUACAAAUUACUUGCAACAUUAUCAGUGGAGAUCCACCAAUUUUCUUUUCUUGGCUCAAAGAUGGCAUGAAAAUUCCUGCUAGCUUGAAAAUAAACGAACGAAGUUCAGAACUAUUUAGCGUUUUGAUUAUCAAAAGAGUAUCGUUGGAGCAUUGCGGUAGAUACACGUGUAUAGCUACAAAUCAUGUUGGUAAAGUUAAUCAAACAACUGACCUGUAUAUAAAUGUUGCACCAAAGUGGGUGGAAGAACCAACGAACUCAUCACUUCUUCUUGGUCAACGUGGCAUUGUAGACUGUAAUGCUAAUGGAUAUCCCACGCCGCAAAUACAUUGGAUGAAAAGGGAUGCUGCAUUAGGAAUCUGGCGACCAAUUCUCGAUCUAGCUGGUGGUGGAGUUUCUAGUUAUCCCAAUGGUUCAUUAUCUUUAGAAGUGGUGUCUCUAGCAGAUGAGGGAGAGUAUGCGUGUCACGUAGAUAAUGGAGUCGGAGAGCCAUUGCACAAGAAUUUAUGGAUAAGUGUCAAUAAGCCGGUGCACUUCGAGUCCGUGGGAAUGAACUUGACCACAAAGAUGGGUCUACCGAUGACUCUUAUUUGUCAACCGUUGGGAGACAAUCCUAUACGGAUUAAAUGGAGCUUAGACGGAAAACCCGUGGAAUUUACAUCCUCAAGAAUCACAAUAUCAGAGUCGGUGAAUUCAAAUGGUAUGAAAAGCACAAUCAAUAUCAACUAUGUGGAAGGAAGAGACGGUGGAACUUACGAGUGUAGAGCGAGCAAUCCAUACGGUGUUGCCACGCUUAAUAUUCAUUUAAAUAUAUUGGAACCACCCACGCCUCCAAUGGAUCUCCAAGUGGACUCUGUAACCAGUUCAUCAGCGAAGUUGUCUUGGAGGGACACGAUUGUAUCCCACGUCCAAUACUACAGCCUACAGUACUCUGCCAACCAAUACACGAUGUGGGAAUCAGCUAAAACAAUUAAUAUAACCAGACAAGAAAGCGACAUUCGACAAAACAUAGAACUACGCGACCUGCAACCAGCGGUGGACUAUCGAGUGCGAGUUGCUUCCGGCAACCAAGUCGACCUCAGUCCGUACACUCAGCCUGUACACUUCACAACCUUACAAGAAGCACCAUCAUCAAGCCCUCUUGGGGUGCAAGUUCAGCAGACAGACAACCCGGGCGAAUUGCUCGUAUCAUGGAUACAGCCAUCUAGGGAGACCCACAACGGAGCAUUACAGGGCUACCACGUGAAAGCGGUGCCAAGGAUCAGUGGAGAAACUGGUUCAAAUGAUUCUCAAACUAAAUUAGUAAAGGUUACAUCAAGAAAAGGAAAACAAGAGACUAUAUUGAGUGGUCUCCUAAAGAACACGAGGUACGCAGUGUCUGUGAGUGCAUUCAAUUCAGCGGGAAAUGGUCCAUUUUCUUUACCUGUUUAUCAAACUACGAGAGAAGGUGCCCCAGAAGAAGCGCCAUCUAGUGUGGAAUGUGUUGGAUCUUCGUCUUCAUCAGUGCGCGCAGCGUGGCGACCGCUAGCUAACUCUCACUCAUUGUUGGGAUAUGUUACACAUUACUGCACGGACGAUGGUCCCUGGCUAAACGUCACAACGCCGCAUACAGAGUUGUAUCUUCAAGGGCUGCUCAAAUACACUAACUAUACAAUAAAAGUUGCCGGUUUCUCUAACUAUGGCAUCGGACCUUUCUCCUAUCCUGUUGUGUGUACCACAUUACAAGAUGUUCCCGGACCACCAGCCGCUAUAAAAGCGUUGAUAUCGUCUCCUACUUCUCUUCUUGUGAGUUGGAAACGACCUGAUCAGCCUAAUGGAGAAAUAACACAUUAUACUGUGUACGUCAAACCAGUUACCAGUACCAACGCCCCGCAAAGCUACAGGGUGGAACCGAUACAGGAGUCGAACCUGUCCCGUCAGCUGACGUUCCCCCUCCCCGGGCUGAGCACGGGCAUGCAGUACGAAGUGUUUGUGCGCGCGCACACCACUGCCGGGGAGGGCGCUCUAAGCAACAGGGUACACGUGGAACUCACUUCCAGAGUAGUGGCAGGCGUAGCAUCCCUCGGCGGGGCACUGUCGGUGGGGGUUGGGAACUCCCUGCUGCUCGUGUGCCAGUGUGUGGGGUCGCCCCCGCCGCGCACCGUGUGGUACCACAAGCACAACAUCAUCACACACCACCCCAGGUUCACGAGGAACCACGAUGACAGCUUACUGAUUAAUAAUAUAGACCAAUCACUAAGCGGGAACUACACUUGCUUGGCCAAGAACUUGUAUGGCUCUGAUUCAGUUUCGUAUGAAGUGUCGGUUUUACCCACACCAGAACCCCCAGUUCUGAGGGUAACUUCACACAAGAAUGCAUUACAUCUGCAAUGGGACCACCCGAGAAAAGCUGGAGAGAAAAGUCAGAAGAUCAUUUACGAGCUGACAUGGAAAGAAGCGAACGGUUUGUGGCAAGACACAUGGUCGGACAAAGGAACCACUAUUCAAUCUGUACAGGAAUACAUAUUAGAAGGUCUGAAAUGUGGCACUAAAUACUCUUUGAGGAUGACAGCAGCCAAUAGUGUUGGUUCCUCACAGCCAGCCUAUGUAGAUGCCACAACUUUAGGUGGAGUUCCCAUAUCACCAACAACAACGGAAUGGUUUUGGAGUAACUCAAGUCAUAUCUACAUACAACUGAGUGGUUGGGAUGAGAAUGGCUGUGAAAUUACUCGAUGGGAAGUUGACUACAGAGAAUACGGAGGAAAAGUUUGGAGAAGAGCGGAAAAUCGACUGCCCCUACUUGACCAGUCGUGGGGUCAUUACUCAUCAUCAAUACUGAAUCAACCGAACUCCUUCGUCAUAGCCGACCUCGUGCCGGCGCAGUGGUACCAAGUGAGGAUAGUGGCUGAGAACGCGGCGGGCAUAUCUACGUCGCUUUAUACGUAUGCUACUACUACGAUACUAGGAGAAUCAAUAGGUCCACCAUCAGACAACUUCGACAUAAACAUGCUGGUCAUCGUGUGCAGCUGUAUACUGCUGUUGAUUUGUUUAGUAACAUGCAUGUAUAUUCUAGUCAAAAAACAUCAUCACCAAAGACUAACAGAAUACAGAAACUCACUGACAGGCGAGUGUAAGUCUGAAAGAAGCAACGCAACAGUCAACACACCUCAAAGCAUUCCCGCUGAAGUUAAUAACAGAGUCUACAGUACGCCGGUGCACCUCACUUCAGAUAAUAAACAUGAAUUAUACGAAAUAAGUCCGUACGCACAGUUCGCCAUAGGUUUCCGAACGUUCGGUCAUGUCGACAACCAGGAGGUGCCCACUCGGAUGCAUUUGCCUGGCAACAGCAAAGCUAGAUAUGAUAGUGAGACAAGUUUCCAAAUGAGAUCAGAAUCCGAAGAAAGUGACUGCGUCUCACGAACUACGACAUUGAAAAGUGCACCAAGAAAAGCCUGUCGAGUGCCUCACCACAGAUAACCACGGAAUAAAAUAAAUAUCAACAAAAACAAAACUAAUCUAAAAAUCAUUUAAACGGUUGUGUUCAUUUUGUUACAAUAUCAAUUUAUUCUAGUUUAUAACUACAGUUGCUUAUUGUUUGAAAUCGUGUAUUUAUCUGUAUUGAUUCAAAUAUAUGAGCCGAGGCAUGCACCUCCAACUUUUCAGUUGUGUGCAUUUUAAGAAAUUAAAUAUCACGUGUCUCAAUCGGUGAAGGAAAACAUCGUGAGGAAACCUGCAUACCAGAGAAUUAUCUUCAUUCUCUGCGUGUGUGAAGUCUGCCAAUCCGCAUUGGGCCAGCGUGGUGGACUAUUGGCCUAACCCCUCUCAUUCUGAGAGGAGACUCGAGCUCAGCAGUGAGCCGAAUAUGGGUUGAUGACGAUAUGAGCCGAGUAGUAAAAUCAUAGGUAAUAAUAGAACACAUAAUUUUUUAAAACAUUCUUUGUAAUAUUAUAAAAAUAUGUAAAUAUUGUCUGAUACCUACUGCCAAAUAUUAGAUUUCUAUUAACUUAAUAAUUUGUUGUAUUGUGUAAUAUCUUAUUUCCAUUUAUUCAGUUACACUUAAGUAUAUUUGCAAUGCAAAAGAAACAUUUUAUUAUGAGGAAGAAUUAUUCAUUUUAAAGUUAUACUCCACGUUUAUAUUAAAGUAAGCGUCAGUGUCAAAUUGGACUCUAUCUCUCGCCAUCUAUAGUUUGGCAAAUGACACUCAUAUAUGCGCGAAUGUGAAAUCAUGCUCGAGGGGCAGAGCGAAGGACUGCGCAGGUAUGAAGUCGUGCGCGCGGGGCAUCUGUACCCCCCUCUCGACCCCCGCAGAGCAUCGGAAGUGUUACGAACGGAUUUGCCAAGCUAUAAUAUGAUACUAUACAUAGUAAGUGAUAGAGACGAAAUAACAACUCAUAUUGUCGAGUUUUAAGGACAAUUAUCUAGAUUAGCACUACAUAUUAUUAUUAUGCAGGUACUUUUACAGUUGAUCUAAAUAAAAGUUAUUUAAUUAAAAUAUAUAACUUUGAUUUAUUUAUAACAGCGUCACACAUGUUUUAUGUUUGCUGUAAAACUAUUUAUCAGGUGUUUUUAAACACAUAAACUGAACACACACUGCCGAAUUUUAAAAUAGAUUUUUAAGUUUUUUAAUGUUGUAUUUUUUAACUUAAUAUUUUUUUACAAUAUUGUAUUACUUAUGCACAAGUUUAUUGCAUUUAUGCUCGUAUAUUUCUCGGAUAUAAUUGUAUUGGCAGAUAUGAUAAGUCGGAAUUUUUGUAAAAUAUUAUAAAGGCGAUAGGAAUAUCUUUUAGAGGUAAUUUUGUUUCUAUAGAUAAUGUUGUAGUGAAAAUUGAUAUUUAUCUUCAAAAAGACUGAUUGUUUAAAUAUGUUUGUUUUAUUAUUGAUUCAAACUUGUAAAUCUUCGAUUUACUAGAAAUAAAAUUUCGAAAAUAUAAAUGUUAGAACAUUAA